AUGGAUUCGAUGUAUUAUUCCAAGAAAAAUGGUGGUGGUAUGGGUUAUUCUGUAAUCCCUUAUCUGGAAAAACUUGCAAUGGAUAAAAAUAAUAUUCAUUUUUCAAAUAAAAAAUCUCCAAUUAUUGGAGGAAUUCAAACGACAGAAAGAACAUCUUUUACGACAGGAAGUGUAUUUGGAGCUAUGUGUGGUGUUCCAUACUUAGGUAUAAACCAAGAAGACCAACAAUCAGAAGAAUUUUUUAAUAAUUUAUCUUGUAUUAGCGAAUUAUUGAUGGAUCAGAAUUAUAUUACAUCAGCAACAUUUGGUAGUUCUAUGUAUGAAUGGGGAUAUGGACGUAUCUUUGAGACGCAUCAUUUUCAAAGAAUUACAUCAUUAAGAGAUAUGAAGAAAGGAGUAGAAGGAGGAGAAUAUAUUCCAGAUCAUAUAACAUGGGAAUUUUUUAUCAAUGAACUUAAUGAUCUUUCGAAAAAAGAUAAUCCAUUCUUUGCAUUUAUGUCCACUAUUGAUACACAUGAACCUGGAUUUUCAUGCAAGCUAUGUGAAAAAACAAAGAUUAAACCUGAUAUGGUAAAAGCUGCUAAUUGCGCAGAUAAACAAUUGAAAAAAUUCAUGGAAUGGGCAAAGAAGCAAGAAUGGUACCAAAAUACUGUAAUUAUUAUAUAUGGAGAUCAUGUAUCAAGAGAUUGGUAUUUGAAUCAAAUUGCAAACUCGAGAGGAUGUCGUAAAAGAUCAGUUUACAAUGUUAUAAUUAACUCAGAAGUAAAAUCAGGGAAACAUGAUGAGAGAACAUUUACACAUUAUGAUAUGAUGCCAACUGUUCUUGCAGCAGCUGGAGUAAAGAUUAAAGGUGAUAGAUUAGGCAUUGGUGUAAAUUUAUUCUCAAGUCUUGAAACAAACUAUGAAAAGUAUGGAAAGAGAUUUACAGAUAGCUUUAGCGAAUCAGUUCAUUGGUAUGGUACUGAAAUUCUUCAAAGGCCAGCUAUUUGUGAUGGAUUUAAUCCUUGCAUAAAUCUUGACAAAUUAGAAUUAUAUACAAAUAUUAGUCAAGAAAUUGUUUGA